AUGGCGCGAUUACCAGAAAGCGAAAUUACAAAGUAUUUAGAAACUUUUGAAGAUUCAGAAGAUGGCUUAGACGGGUCAGACUCCGAAGUAGAGGAUGAAGCUCACUAUUAUCAAACAGCUCGAGAUGUUCUUCGAGACCUUGAAAAUAGUGACGAAGGUGAGAAUGCCCAGUCUGAUAAAGUGGAUGCUGAUCCUCCUCUCGUAAUCGACAACGAUGAAAAUAUGCCAGACCCUCCUAUUUUGGAAGGCGAAGAAGCAGCACCCCAGAGUAGAUCACAAGGGAUUUCUAAACGACCUCUGGUUUGGCGAAAUCGGAAUCUUAUUACUGCUGAAGACAGCCUUAUUUUUAGGGGAGAGACUCAGAUAACGGAAGCAUUGAUGUCUUGUAACACGCCACUAGAACUUGCUGAAAUGCUCUGCAAAUUGGGUCUACCUGCAAAUGGCGCUAAACGUGGUCGACCUAGUGGGAGCACAAUACAAAGAGAACUUGUAAUGAAGAAGUUCCGAGGACCAGCUCAAGCAAUUCCUUUGAAAGACGUCAGAUUGGAUCAGACAUGUCAUUGGGCAGUUUGGCUGGAUAAGCAGCAGAGGUGCAAAUUCCCAAAAUGUUCAGGCAUUCAAAAUGUGCCAAAAAUGUCGUGUAUCUUUAUGUGA